UAUCGUUGUACCGAAUUCGUAGUUCAGUGCUGAUUGAGCCUCCACGAAUGUAGUUUAUAUAGUUUUUUGUGUUUUAGAAAUAGUAAUUAGUUAAUUAACCAUGGUUAGCGGAAGGGUCUAUCAAGUGGCGGCGACGAUCGCAAGUUCUUUCGGCUCGUUCGCCAUGGGCCUGCUUUACGUCUGGCCAUCAUAUACCACGUCUCUUCUGACAUCGAAUACCACUACCAUCCUGUCAGCACCCAUGACGUCUACAGAAGAAUCUUUAGUGGGGAGUCUACCAUCAUUGGGCGCGAUGGUCGGAACGGCGGUGGUCGGACCAUUGAUAGAAAUCUUUGGAAGGAAGUUGGGAGGAGUCGCUGUGUCGUUGCCUUUUGUUCUAUCAUGGGCCCUGAUAGCAGUAUCGAAGACAUCCAUCCUGAUCCUCGCAGCUCGCUUCAUUAGUGGAAUAGCUGGUGGUGCCUACCUGGUCUUGGGUCCCAUGUUCAUAUCUGAGGUUGCCGAGGAUUCCAUCCGAGGAGCUCUGUCAUCAGCAACGAUCACCUUCUACGGCUUGGGGGCGCUGAUGUCGUACCUCUUAGGGUGGUUCUUUGGCUACAACACAAUCAUUUGGAUCAACUUGGCCGUGGGCGUGAUGUGCGCUGGACUCCUCAUGAGCGUCCCCGAGAGUCCAGUGUUCCUCAUGAAGAAGAAUAGAGAAGAGGAUGCUCGUUUAUCUAUGUCACUUUAUCGAGGAGUGCCUCCAACGUCGAUGGUCGUGCAAGAAGAGAUUUCCAAAAUCAAGCAGCAAAUCUCCCCAGCUGUGGAAUUGACCACAAUAAAUGAAAAAGCGGAAGAAGCUGAAAAAGAGAAAUUAACAUCAGAAGAUAUCAAAGAUGACCCACCGGCAAAGGUGUCAGCUAUCAAAACUUUGUUUAAAUCAUCGGCAUCACGGCGAGGAUUUUUGGUAGUGACAACAGUUAUAUCGAUGCAGGUCCUAAUGGGCAUAGUCCCAGUACAGGUGUAUGCCAAGCACGUCUUCAAACAAGCUGACCCGAGCCAGGCUGACUUGUACUCUGUGUUCUUCGCCGUGGUCAUGGUGUCGGGUAGCUUCGUGACUGGAGCCAUCGCUGAUAAGGCUGGGAGACGGAUCCUGUUAAUAACCUCCUCCACCCUAGUAGCUGUCUGCAUGGCUAGUUUGGGAGCCCUGCUGCAGACGAAGGCGGGGCCGCCGUUGGUGACGGUGGCUAUGAUUCUGAUGUACUGCUUCUGUUUCAUGUGCGGAGCGGGGUCGAUUCCGUACGUGCUGUUGGCUGAGGUGUUCUCGCCUGAGGUCCAAGCGUGCGCGUCCAUGAUCAUCGUGGAAUGGGUCUGGUUCCUCAACUUCCUCAUCCUGGUAGUAUUCUCAUGGCUGAACAACCUCAUCGGCAUCCAUGGCACAUUCUAUAUCUUCGCGGUUAGCAGCAUUAUCAAUGCUGUGCUGAGUUACAUCAUCGUGCCAGAAACUAAGGGACUAUCGACCAAAGAGAUACAAGACGUGCUUAGAAAAGGAAAGUAGAGGGAUGGAAUAUAAAGGUGAUGAAUUAUAUGUAGAUUAAAACAAUAAGGGAAAAUACGAUCUUACACUGCAAUACUCAAAAUUAGGCCCUGCUGCACUAGGUAGAUCCCAUGAGCGAGACAGAGCGAAGAGAUUGCUCUUCGCUCAUGCUUGACAUUGAUCAAGAAACAUGCCCUUACGAGCAUGUCAUGAUAAAUACUGAGCGGGAGAGCCUAUUGAAGCAGUGGCCUACUAUUUACUAUAUUUGUUUUGUGUGUACGCAUCCUUUCCCCAUAUUAGGCAAACCACUAGUAUAUGGGUACUUCUCAUUUACA